UCUUUGCAGCCCUUGUCCAAAGCAAACAUACAUCGAGUCUUCUUCCUCAAAUUUCAAAACAGGGCACUCCAAGAUCGACAAAACUGGUGCUACCUGCGGCGAAUUCCUGGGCUACGCCUGAAACCUCUGUGCUUCCACUGAAUUGCGCACUCACACCCAAUCAUUGAAGCUUUCUGCUUGGAUUUGCGAUUGUCUGUCUGCAUAUAACAAGUACCCGUGCUUGCCUUUUCAUUCAUACGAUAUCACAUGUGGGUUUUAUGUAUGUGCAGCAGACAGAUACACCAUAGUGGAGUGGGGGCUUGUUUUGUUAAAUAAAUUAUUUGUUCAAUUGGGAUUUUGGUUUCGAAUUUGUCAUAAAUAAUUUGGGUUUUAUUUUAUUUGACUCAUUCAUUCCGAGUCUGACUAAAUUAUUGCAAAAUAUGGAGGAUUCUCAAAAUGAGCCACUGCCUCCAGGCGUUCAGUCGUUGCAACCUCAUCAAGGCUUCUUCUACCCUCAUAUGAUGAGUUCACAAGCCCAGUAUAGUAAUUUCACUACAACUGCUCCUCAAUCUUUCCACCAAACACUUACACACCCGCAUGAUGGCUCAUCACAGAAUGCUGAUAUCACUCAAGAAGCUAACUCAUCAAUUCAUAAUGCAUCUGAUAUUCAUCUUGUCAAUGAAAAGCACAACCUCGCACAUUCUCAUGGUGCUCUCCCUGCACCCACCAGAAGCUCCAGACUACAUGUUGAAAAUGCUAGCGAAAUUGAAACUGCUGCGCAAAAUGUGGUGUUGCAUGAACAAGAAAUUUCUACCCAAAAUAUCAUACGUAGUCAAAGAGAAGCAAGAGGUGUGGAUGAGUCUUCUAAGGAUAAUGUAGAUGUCUUCUCGGAACGCCUUGAUCCCAGCGCUCUAAAGGACCAUCUACUGAAGAUGACCACGGAACAUCGAGCUCAAAUGGCUUCAAAACGUGGGAAGUCUACCCUUGCUGGAGAAGGUAACAUAGAAAUCGGUAAUGGGUAUGGUGUACCAGGAGGAGGUGCUUAUUACGGUGCUCCAGGACCUAAUGUUACUACACCUAGAAAUCUGGGAGUUGGAAAUAGUGAGAUGGGUCAGAAGAAUUUUGAGUCUGACAAUGAACAGAAGUCUCCAGCUAAAGAAUUGCCAGAGUAUCUUAAGCAAAAGUUGAGAAAUAGGGGCAUUCUUAAAGACGACUCAAGCAAAAGCAAUCUUAAGUUGAAAAGUAGUUCAACUCAACAGACGGAAUAUGGGAAAUUGCCUCCUGGAUGGGUGGAGGCAAAAGACCCUGCAAGUGGUGUGUUGUAUUAUUACAAUGAGGUCAGUGGCAAGAGUCAAUGGGAAAAGCCUGCUGAGACAUCUUCUGUUACACCACUUCCAUCACCUGUAUCUCUUCCAAAAGAUUGGGUGGAGGCUUUGGAUGGAACAACAGGUCACAAGUAUUACUACAAUACAAAGACACAUGUGUCACAAUGGAAACACCCUAACUCAUCAGAGCAGGUUGCACUUGCAUCUCAACAUUUUGACAGCUUGGCUUCUAGAAAUCCUGCUAAUGUUUAUUGGGAUGGCCAAUCAGCCGAGGUACAAGCAGAGAAGGAUGAAUCAUCCAAAACAAAGAGAUGCACGGGUUGCGGUGGAUGGGGACUAGGCCUUGUUCAGAUGUGGGGUUACUGCAAUCAUUGCACAAGAGUUCUUCAUCUUCCACAAAGCCAGUACUUGAUGACUAGUAUGCAUAAUCAUCACCAGACCCCAGAUCCUGUAGAUAUUAAAAGAGAAUCCGACAGAAAGGCCCCCACACAGAGGUCCAAUUGGAAACCUCCAAUGGGAAAGGGAAAUAAAAAGGAAAGUAAGAAACGUUCUUACUCUGAGGAUGAGGAAUUGGAUCCUAUGGACCCCAGCUCAUAUUCAGAUGCUCCCCGUGGUGGCUGGGUUGUAGGCCUUAAAGGAGUGCAGCCACGAGCUGCUGAUACCACUGCCACAGGUCCUCUCUUCCAACAGCGUCCUUACCCAUCACCAGGUGCCGUCUUGAGAAAGAAUGCUGAAGUUGCUUCACAGACCAAGAAAUCAAGCUCACAUUUUGCACCUAUAUCCAAAAGAGGGGACGGGAGUGAUGGACUUGGUGAUGCAGACUGAGAAAUUUGAGCAAUUUUGGUCUGUUUUGCAUAUCAGAUUACAGGUGUAUGUAUGUAUUCUUUUCGUUAUCUACAGCGCCAGAUGACCCAUUAAUUUAUGUAGCUGCUUGCUGCUGCCAUACUAAGCUGGAUUGCAUAACUAGACAAUGACAAGCACAGACCUUGGAGUAAUGAUGCCCAUCUUUGAAGUCAUGUCAAGGGAAGACUGUCUCGUUGGGGUCGGAAAAUGCUGCUUAAUUGCAAGCCUGUAUACAUUCAAAGAUGAAAAAAGAACUUAGCUGUAUUCGUCUCUUCUAUUCAUCUCAUAGUAGUACCAGUAGGGUUUUAAAGUUCAAAGGUCUUCCUGUGAUCCCAAUUAGAAUGAAUAUGUAAAGCAAUGGUUGAGAGCACUAUCGUUAUACAUAAUUGAAGCAUUUUUUAUGUCAUGAGGUUGAGGGCAUUGAAAUGGUCUAGUGUUAGCAGCAUUGAGAAUAAUGCAUGCCACUUUCCUGCAAGUUUUGGUAUAUGUGUUUUGCCGUUAAA